AUGGAUGGGAGAAUCACUACUGGCCAACUUAAAGAAAAGCCACCGCUCCAGAACCAUAAUGGCAGAGCAGUUCUUGCCAAGCGCAUGUGCCAUAAUUGUUCAAAGUUAAAGAUAUUUCUCGGAGCUCUAGCUUUUUCCUUUUUUGCCAAAGGAUUUUCUGGAAGCUACAUGAAGAGCAUGUCGAGUCAAAUUGAAAGGAGAUUUGAAAUUUCAUCAUCAAUUGUUGGCAUCAUUGAUGGCAGCUUUGAGAUAGGUAACCUAAUGGUAAUGGUAUUGGUGAGUUACCUUGGGCCAAAAGUUCAUCGACCAAAAGUAAUUGCUGUUGGAUGUCUCAUCAUGUCACUCGGGGCAUUUUUAUCAGGAAUGCCUCAGUUCCUAAUGGGACGUUAUAAUUAUGAAAGGAUAACUGUUACUGUGGACAACUCUUCUACAAGUUUAUCAGCUUGCUCCCCUGCACUGCCUGUGGACCAUCCAUUUUCAGAUGCUACGGAAACACCAAGAGAAGUGAAAAACUAUGGAUGUGAAAAAACAUCGAGUUCCUAUCUGUGGCUCUUUGUGCUGGUGGGAAACCUUUUACGUGGAAUUGGGGAAGCACCAGUUAUGCCCCUGGGGGUUUCAUAUAUUGAUGAUUUUUCUAAAGAAGAAAACUCAGCAUUUUACAUAGGUGUGGUGAGAUCCGCGGGCAUGUUCGGGCCGACCUUGGGCUUCCUGCUUGGAUCUUUCUGCGCCAAUCUGUGGGUCGAUAUUGGCAUUGUGGAUAUCGAUGCCAUCAGUAUAAAUCCUAAGGAUACUCGUUGGGUUGGUGCCUGGUGGCUUGGAUUACUGAUCUGUGGAGCAGUCAGCUUCAUAGCGUCAUUGCCUUUCUGGUUCCUGCCGUACUCCUUACCAAAAGAAGGAGAGGAUGAAAAUCCAAAGAUCGGUCAUUUGCCUGUGUCUGUUCAGGGAGAUCAUUGUAAAAUAGAGCCCCCAGCUCAGCCACAGUUAAAGUUCUCUGAGGCAGUAAAAGAUUUCCUACCAACUUUGAAGAAGCUGUUUGGAAACCCAAUUUUCCUGGUGUAUGUGCUCCUCACUAUUUUGCAGUACAAUUCUCUUGUUGGAUUGAUAACCUAUGAGACAAAGUUCAUGGAGCAGCAAUUCAAUAUAUCAGUGGCAAGAGCCAUUUUUCUAAUUGGUGUGAUACUUCUACCCAUCACAAUCCUGGGGAUGUUUCUAGGAGGCUUUCUGAUUAAGAAGUUCAAACUGCAUGUAACUGGAAUGGCAAAGUUUGCAUGCGUCACCUUUAUAAUAGCGUAUCUAUUAAAUCUCUUGUACUUUACGUGCAGUUGUGAGGUGCUCCAAGUGGCUGGACUGACAGCGCCCUACUCUGGAUUAAAACAAUUCUCCUCACCCCAAAACAGCUUCAUAGCCAAUUGCAAUGCAGACUGCAGCUGCAAGAUGAAUCAGUGGGACCCUGUCUGUGGGGACAAUGGAAUCACUUACAUGACAGCCUGCUUUGCCGGGUGUAAAUCGUCAACUGGAAUUGGAAAGGAUAUGGUGUUUCACAAUUGCAGCUGUGUGGAAGGACAUGCGCAUGGACUUGGCAAUUCCUCUGCAGUUUUGGGACAAUGCCAAAGAGAAAGCUGUACCAAAACAUUUCCCUAUUUUUUAGCGUUACAGGCCGCAUGUGCAUUUAUUUUAUGCUUAGGAGGCACUCCUACAUAUAUGAUAAUGUUUAGAUCUGUUUCUCCAGACUUGAAAUCCUUUGCUGUGGGGAUCGAGACUUUAGGUGGUAGAGUACUAGGAGGACUCCCAGCUCCUAUUUAUUUUGGUGCCUUAAUAGAUGAGACCUGCUUGAAAUGGGGAACAAAAAGCUGUGGGGGCUCUGGGUCCUGCCGAGUAUAUGACACAAAAGCAUUCAGAAACAUCUAUCUUGGACUCAUUGCAGGACUACGGGCAGGUUGCUGUUUCUUAUACAUAGUACUCUAUCUUUUAAUAAUGAAACGGUUCAAACCAGACAGCAAAGAGGUGACAGAUAUUAAAAAUAUAGAAAAUCCAACCAGUAAAGAACCAGUUAAUAUCAACAAAAAAGAAACUCUACCUGGUGCAAGAAUUUCAGAGGAUGGUGAAGAAACUUGUAUGUGAAAAAGAAACAAGGCCUUUUCUAAUUCUGCCUAUGUGCCAGUUUUACUAAGCACAACAGAGGUUUUAUUACUGAAUAUAACAGCUAGUUUACAUUUUUCGGGUUCAAAGGAAAAAACGUUGACUUUUAAUUUACUUUAUCAUAUCCUCUUCCCUUCCCUAUCCCAAACAACAGAGGAAAAACGUUUUUAAGAUUUGGGGAAUUCUCAAAUCUCCUUACCCCCAGUUCUCUUUCUAGACCAACUACAGGACUUGCCAAAAUUUUUCAAAUAUCAUAAUUUUGAAUACAUUUGAGAAAUUAAAAAGAAGAAAUCUACAAUAAAAUUCUUUCCUAAGAAACGGCUAAUCAAAUUAUACUUGCCCAGUGGCUGUGAUAGAUUUCAUUGCUUGGUUGAUAAUCCUUGUUACAGACUUUGUCCCCAGCCCAUGCUCAUGCAAGAACCCCUUGGACAUCAGUGAGCAUUUUCUGAAUAAGAAAGUGACAUCAGGAUUUGGCUCAGAACCAGUAAGCAAUCAAAAUGGAUUGAAAAUGAAAGAAAAUGGUGUAUUAAUUUUUGCGACACAUCUCAGU